ACUCUCAACUAGUCACUUGUGUUUCAUCAGAGUUCAGCUUUAUACCUUCAAUUAAAAUUGAGUGAAAGAAAAGAAUUCAGAAUUAUGCAUAUUCAAAAACGAAUAAAUUCCUUAUUAACAAAAAGGAUACAAACAUCAGUGCUUGUAUUAACUUUGUUUAGCUUAUGCUAUAUGGUUUAUGUUCAUAGUGAAGGUCUCAUUCAAUUGCGACUGGAAAAGCCAUCCGAAGAAUUCAACGAUUUUUUACAGUUACAUGAGUUAGAUGAAACGGAUUUGUCAAAAUCAGAAAACAUUUUCUUCAUUGAAAGUUCUGGAUCUAAAAUAGGAUCAAGUGAUAUCGGUGAUUUGAAAAAACGAGACUCUUGUUGCAUCGAAUCUGCAGCUUUAAUGAAUCCCGAUUCGAGAAUACGUGUCAUUUUUGUGUCAAGAUUGAAAUUAAAUAUCUCAGAAUUUGUUAAGUCUUUAUUAAAUUAUGAAAAUGUGGCAUUUCACAGAAUCAAUUUAAAAGAUGUUACGAAAGAUACAAUAGCAGAAGAAUGGAUCAAUAGUGAAAAAAUUUAUAACACGUCAUUUAUACCUAAUAAUAUUUCAAACUUUUUAAGGCUCUUUCUUCUUUGGAAAUAUGGAGGAACAUAUUUAGAUCUUGAUGUUAUUUCUUUAUCAUCGAUUAACACUAUCGGAGAGGACAACUUUAUCACUGUUGAGGAAAAAUCUACUUUGAACAAUGCUAUAAUUAGGUUUGAUUCUAUGUCAACUGGACAUACAUUAGCAGAAACAUUGCUAAGAGAUUUCAUGGAAAGUUAUGAUGGUAGAAGAUGGGGACAUAACGGACCUAAUCUUGUCACCAGAGUUUUAAAAACGUUUUGUGAAUUUCCAAAUGUUUUUCCUGAAGAAAAAUUCAAUUGUUCUGGUGUGACAAUUUUACCAAAAAAAAUGUGUAGCGAAAUCUUUUAUAAGGAAGUGAAGCAGUUAUUUUCGGAAGAUCCUGAAGUUUUGGAAAACACACUUGGGAGAUUGGAAGAUUCACAUCUCAUUCAUUUAUAUAAUCUUUUCAGUCGCGGAUUGAAAGUAAAGACAAACUCCAAAACUGCUAUUAUUGAAAUUGCUAAAGAUCAAUGUCCAAUUGUAUUGAGUAAUUCAGGAGACUAUUUCGAUUGA